UGGCAAGGGGAAGGGAGAUGGAUCGUGGGAUCACCGUGGAGAACCCCUACGCCAGUGUCAACAUCCCACGGGAACAGUUCCAGCAAAGCUUCAUCACCCGCUACCUGAGAGAUGAGCCCACCAUCAUUGCCAACUCUGCAGCCGUGCCCACCUAUGGCACAGAGGAGCAGACUGACCUUGCUAACGGCUGGAACAGCCCAACCAUUUCCACGGACAGGUCCUGGUCCCGUCCCUACAACCCCUAUGCCAGUCUGAGGGUGCCCAAUGGAGAAUCAUCCGCCUCCUUCUACACCGUGACCCUGGACAAGCCCCCCAAGGGCCAGGAGCAGAGGACUGGCAGGCGCUGUGGCUGCUGCAGGUGCUGCUCCUGCUGCCCAAAGUGCUGCUGUGUCAUCUCCUAGGGCCCUCCCUGCACCCACGGGAUGUGCUGACCAUGGGCUGGGGCCAGGUGACCCCACACCGAUGUGGCUGCUGGCCUGGGCACCCUGAGGAGCUGCCCUGGCACCCAGCAGAGCUGGCAGCUGGGAGCUGGCCCUGGCUGGACUCUGACCUCGCUUUUCACCUGUGAAUUCUGGAGCCUGAUGUGCUGAUGAUGGGCACCUGCCAGGUGSGACAUGGGGCCCUGGAGCCCUGGAGCCCUGAGGAUGAUGUGUGCCAGCAUAGAUGUCACUGAGAAGUGCCUGCACUGGAGCCAGGACAGCAGUUUGAGCCUGCAGCCCUGUACCCUGCCCCUGCCAGUGUCCCUGUGCUGGGAAAUGUCCACCCUUGGAAGGUGCAGGCAGUGUCCACCUGCCAGUGGGUAGGCUGGGAUGAAGGCAGCCCCGGGUGUAUGGCAGAGGAGGACUGUCAUUGUCACUGUCUUGGAACAGUGGAGAAGAGCCAGGGACAAGCCUCCAGCUGGGAUGGGGACCCACCUCCCCAGAACGGAGCCAUCUUCCCUCCCAUGGCAUCAUGGGGAUGCUGCAGCACCCUGCACCAAGCUCCAGCUGGGACCUGCUCCUCCUCACCAUGCUGCCCAUGGACAGAGGGAAGGACUCAGGAAAUACAGACAGGCAAAGCAUGGCAGAGCACUGGGCUGUGCUCCAGGGAAGCGCCUGAAGGAUGGCACAGCUUGGAUAUGGGCAUUAACAUCUGGUGCCAGGAAACCCCCAGUGCCAUUCUGUUCCUCCUGCCAGGCUUGUGGGGUACUGGGCACAACCUCUCACUCCAUCUGCACCCUGGAGACAGCCCAGUGUGGAGGGCUGGCCUGGCUCUAGCACUGGRGUACCACUGGGGCAGCUUGCUGGGCUGCAGAGCCCCAGCAUUCACCUUUUGCAGCUCCCUUGGCUGGGAGGAAGGCRAGAGGAUCCUGCUGGCUCUUCCCAGGCUGCUGGGGCAGCUCCAGGCUGGGCGUUCAGCUGGGGCUGCUGCCAUCGACCUGGAACAAGCCCGCUGCUGUGCUGAUGUCCCGCCGAGGUGUUGUUGUCCUUCCCUGGUGCUGGCAGCCUGAGGACAGCCACUCUGCCAGGUGGCAGCUGCUCUGUGGCUGCUGCAGAGCUGCCUGCUCUGCGGGAGGAGGGCCUUGGGAAGAGUGCCUGUGUUAGCAGAUGACUUUAGGGUGCUGCAAAUAAAAUUACAGCCAUCUCCGCCCCUGCCGAGGUGUGCCUCCUCCCUCCACCCUGACUUUUCUGGGAUUCCCAGGCUGCUUCUUGCUUUUCCUGGUGGGAUGUGUAAGGGCAGUGCUAAAGUCUCSAAGCCAGGCUUAACUGUUGCCCUGCUGACUCUGGCAGCAGCAGCUCAUGCUGGGCUCUGUGGCUGGCUGCUGCCUGGUGUCCUGCUGGCAGCCUGACUCCAGCAGUGCCAGCCUGGCUCCAGCAGUGCCAUCCUGGCUCCAGCAGUGCCAGCCUGGGUCCAGCAGUGCCAGCCUGGCUCCAGCAGUGCCAUCCUGGCUCCAGCAGUGCCAGCCUGGGUCCAGCAGUGCCAGCCUGGGUCCAGCAGUGCCAGCCCGGCUCCAGCAGUACCAGCCUGGCUCCAGCAGUGCCAGCCCGGCUCCAGCAGUGCCAGCCUGGGUCCAGCAGUGCCAGCCCGGCUCCAGCAGUGCCAGCCUGGCUCCAGCAGUGCCAGCCUGGCUCCAGCAGUGCCAGCCCGGCUCCAGCAGUGCCAUCCUGGCUCCA